CGGUGUUUGCCAAACGUGCCAAGACAUCAGUUCAGCCGUACGUUCUGACGGGAAGCGCGUUUAGUCUUCAACGCGUAUUAAUAUCGCAUCAGUAUCGUGUUCAAAAUGUGCUUAUUAUUAUUUUUGAAAAUGUUCAAAGCCCGUAAUUAGCUCGGUUAGUAAACUAAUAAAACAUAAUUAUAUAAUAAAAUGCAUUUUUGAUUAGACCGUAGUGUGUGCUUAACAUAAAUUAUUGCACGAUGCCGUUUUUUUCUGACUACGGCUAUUACCAUGGGUCCGCUCCGUUCUCCUCUCAGUAUUACAGUCAACUACUGCCUUACCCCGGGUCAUCGAACAGUAGCCGACCAAUCAUAAGGGUACAGCCGAGAAAUUACAAUUCGAUGGCGGUCGAACAGACACUGCGAGCCAUACGCAGAGGGGGCCCCGGGGCGGUAGCUGCUCGACAGUAUUCACGACCGGUGCACAUAAACACUUCGGAAAUCGAUGUGACGUCACCGCGACGACCGCGGGCCCCUUGUCCCUCCACGAUGGAAAACGCAAUCGUUAACAACAACGCCGGGGGCAACAUACACCGCGGUCGCACGGUGGUCCGGUUGCACACGAUGACUAAGGGAAAGGAAAAGCCACAUGUGGAUGAACCGAAGGUAAUGACGCUCGUUCUCCCUCCGACGGAGCUCCCUCAACUGGAAUGCAGCAUUUCCGCGGUGCCUGAGGAGGGAUUGGCGAAAAAAGGUACCAUAAAACGACACACGUCCGCGGGCAUCAAAGUACCGGUGAACGAUGACCGUCGGCCGUCCGUGACCGACGAAAUACUGCGCGAGCAGGAAGCGCUGUUCGACACGAUGAUCAUGGAGGAAAUGGACGCAAUGGAGCAAAAAGGACGGCGUCAAAGUUAUCCAGUGGACACGAACAGCAACAAAAAGCAACAGAAGACUAAGGAUACUAGAAAGAAGUCUGCUGCGGGUGCAAUGAUUUUCUUUGGUGAGCCGGAGAGUCCGUCGAAGAAAAUCAAUUGGAAAUUGAACUACGAUGUGAUAAUCGAGGAGAGCGGAACAGAACCGGUAAGUUUUACUUUCAAGUUGAAUAAGAUGAAAAAAGAUAACGACAGCCAUGGUAUCGGCGACAGCAGCGAUAACGGUAAGCUCGACGCUAAUCAUAACGUAGUGACCAAGAUGCAUGAUGACAGCAACAAAAGCAAAAAUAAAAAGCAUGUGAAAUCCAUUAACAAAAAUCAGAUUCAUAAUAAUAAUAAUAAUUCAGAUGAUGUUAGCAUGUCGGAGAAUAAGACAAAAGUGGUGAAAAAGAAAAUUAUCAUUAAGAAAAAAGUGAUAAAAAAGAAGGAGAGCGAAACGCAGCAGCAGCAGCAGCAAGAAAAACAACCGGGACAGGGAAAAAAAACUUCACCUUCGCAUCAGGAAUCGAAAAAAAAAGGUUCAAAGACGGAUGUGCCUGCGGCAGUAGCUACCGCGACUGUAAUAACACCAUUUGUGCGCGCUUCGUUCGGCAAGACGUUCAUAUCGCCGUCGCAAGUGAGCAGGACAAAGAGCAAGUUUGAAAAACCGAAACCCAAAGCUAAACCGGAAACGGCGCCACCAUCGGAACCGCCGUCGCUCCCGGAAACGGUGUCAUCUAAAAACAAGUCUCCUGAUUUGUCGUCGGACGAUGAAUCGUCUAGUGACGAGGAAACGUUAUCGUUGUGCAGCAGCAGCAGCAGCAGCAGCAGUAGCGGCAGCACGUACUACGAUUCGGAUGAUUACGGUGACAACAAGAGAAUAGCAUGCAGUAUUUCCUCGUUCGACUCUGGUUUGCCAUCCUCGCCUGUACCCGCAACAGAUCCUAUAGAUUCGUCAUCGUCAUCGUCAGAUACAGCGGCUAAUUCAUACCAGAUCGGUAAUAAUACAGAUGGAGCCGAACGACCACUUCGCUCUUACAGUUAUCGACAUCAUUCAAGACCUAAACGAGUGGUACCACCCGCCACUAGUAUACCACGAUUCCGGAAGUACGCAGUGGAGGAUUUUAAUUUCUUAAAAGUGCUCGGGAAAGGCAGUUUUGGAAAGGUACUAUUGGCCGAACUCAAAGGAACAGAGUACUACUAUGCGGUUAAAUGUCUGAAAAAAGACGUAGUACUCGAGGAUGACGAUGUCGAAUGCACGCUCAUUGAACGCAAAGUUCUUGCUUUGGGGACGAACCAUCCAUAUUUGUGUCAUUUGUUUUGCACGUUUCAGACAGAGUCACAUUUGUUCUUUGUCAUGGAAUAUUUGAACGGUGGUGACUUAAUGUUUCACAUCCAACAGUCUGGACGAUUUGAUGAAGGUCGUUCUCGGUUUUAUGCAUCCGAAAUAGUGUCCGGCCUCAAGUUCCUUCACAAAAAAGGGAUUGUGUAUAGGGAUUUGAAGCUGGAUAACAUACUAUUGGACUUCAACGGGCACGUGAGAAUCGCCGAUUUCGGGAUGUGCAAACUUCAAAUAUAUUUGGAUAAAACAGCGGACACAUUUUGCGGCACGCCCGAUUACAUGGCGCCUGAGAUAAUCAAAGGCCAGAAAUACAACCAAAGUGUAGACUGGUGGUCCUUUGGCAUUCUGCUGUACGAGAUGUUGGUUGGCAAAUCGCCAUUCAGUGGUUGUGACGAGGACGCCUUGUUUUGGUCCAUAUGCAAUGAACAACCUCAGUAUCCGCGGUAUUUGUCGGUCGACUCGAAAUCUGUUCUGGUAGCGUUAUUAGAAAAAGACGCUACUAAACGGUUAGGUGCGUUGGAAGCUAAUCAUUCGGCCGACGACGUGAUGAGGCAUGCAUUCUUCAGUUCAAUGGACUGGUGUAAACUGGAAAGACGAGAAUUGGAACCUCCGUAUAUGCCCAGGGUUUACCAUCCGCUGGAUACACAUUAUUUUGACAAGCAUUUCACAAAAGAGAAACCGAGACUGACACCUGUUGACAAAACCAUACUUCAGUCAAUGGAUCAGUCUCAAUUCGAUGGGUUUACCUAUACAAAUCCAAAUGUCACAGAUUUAUAAGCCAUUAAACGACUUAGAUUUUUUGUAUAAUUAUAAUCACAUCUUAUAAUUUUUAUAUUUGAUAAAUUCUUAUUUUAAUUUA